AUGAAGCAUUAUGCUGGUGUUUAUCAAGCAGUGCAGCGAGCCGAACGAGAGCGAGGAACAAAAACGCCACUGGUUGAUGACGUGGACGCUAGACAGAAGUCAGAUGAACUGAAAGAAGUAAAAAUGGAUCCGGUACCGUCGCCACAAGAAUUAGCCACCGCCGAAGAAAAAACCGAAAAGACACAGCCAGAUGAGCACUUACAGUAA